GUUACAGUAGAGUAACGUCAGUAAAGUGAUCAAAGGUGUAGAUCAGGACAGAGACAGACAGGCUUUAUGAGAGCAGAGAGAUCAAGUCAGAUUUAGAGUUUGGGGUACAGAGACGAGGCAUAGGGCCAGAUUAAACAGUACAGUUAUAACACAUUGAGACGCGGAGACAGAAUGGAACAAUACUAGAGGCCCUUUUGGGGUUCAGGGAUAAGGGUAUAGGGCGCAGGGGGAAAGUUUAGGGUUUGGUUUUUCUUUUGGUGGGGGGGACAGGUGGAACGAGCAGCAGUGUGUUGAGGAGUACAGCAUUGCUGUCAGGAGCCAUUGAACGAACAAUCACAGAGAUGGGGAACACAUGGAUUAUAGGAGUCAUCUCUCUCCUGGCUGUUUCUGCUACCUGGAGCUUUGAAACCGGUUUGAACAUCUCAGUACUUCAUUUUGUUUAUCCGUCUGGUUUUGGUUUCUGUUGACUACCGCGUUAAGGGACAAUUAUUCAUAAAACAUUCAAAGCAUUACUAUAGCUAUCCAAUGAUAUGAUGAAAUAUCAUACAGUCAAAAUCUGUAUUUAAUGACUGAAUAAUAUUGAUAAAAACAAUGCUCUGACCCCUGCUUUAAAUUGUAGACUGUGUGGGCUGAUUGUAGAAGUCCCUAGGCCUGUAGAUUACAGUGACAUGUGUAUCGAGAUUUCUGUUCUGAUUAUUAUUUUGUGGUCAAACAAAAAACCAAGUCAGUGGAACAGAUUUGGAUGAUUAUACAAAAUUCAAAUGGAACUUUUUUUUAAAAAGUACCAUUUGAUUCUACCAAGGGAAGGAAAAUGCAGAGUGCCACAUAGUAAAGACUAGAGUGUGUGGGUGGUGGCGUGCUUUAUAGUGGAACGAACAUGUUUUCUCCUGUAUUUGAGAGGAGAUUGAGACAAUGAUACAGCUUUUCUCCAUGAUGGGGGGACUCUGAGGAGGAAGUGAUAUUACUAGUCAGGCAGUGUAUGGGGGUUGUGUGGCUUUCUGUAACCACCAUAGUGGUUACACCUGUCAAAAGUAAACAUCGACAAUAAUAAAAGAGCAGUCUGUGACCCAGAAAACACCCCACUUCAGAAAGUUCAGUAACCUAACAGUCAACCUCCCAUGAUAUCAUGUCUUAUGUAUGACACUGGUGGUUGUUUUAAGAGUGGAAAGUAUGGUUACAAGCGUACUUAUACAUAUUGGAAGCUAGAUACUGUAUGUAAUAUUUUAUUUCCUCACAAAAACAAAAAGCUAAAAUACUUUUACUAACAAACUAAUGAACUUUUCAAUAAUGGCCAAAAUACUAUCACUGGAAAUUUUUGUAAAGUCAAUGAUUAAGUCAACCUACUUCCCCUACUCAACACUUUUUCUGAUGCUGAGCCUUAAAAUCAACUGUUUUGAUUCACCCUUCUAUCAGUCCCAUGCUUCAAUGUUUGCUGGAUUGUUGAUUGUUCUUACACUUGAUGAAAUCACUAACUGUGUAUGCUAAUGACUGCCCAACAUUUUGCUGACAUGCUAUACCACUAACACGCACUUUGAUUCGUCUCUCAGGACAUAACAACCACAUUUCUGUGAUCUCUCACACUACCCCUCCCUCCACUUCAACUACAUCUACAGAACUUCGAAUUCAUGUUGCCAGAAGUGAACAUUUUCAUCUAGGCCAUGAGGUCAUCUUAACGUGCAGCAAUAAGACUUGGAGUGAAAUGAUCUACACCAUCUGGAAAAUAAACCGGGGUGGAACAGAGUGUCUAAUAUCAUCGGGUGUUAAUGACCAACCUUUUGACUCAUGCAAUGAUGGAAAAGUCAUGCUAAACACAACCAGUGGUGAAUCUUACCUAAAAAUUCCUGAGUUCUCAAUCAGUGAUGAGGGAAUCUACCACUGUGAGUCAGUAUACAGUGGAGGAAGCAACUCUGCAAACAUUGAUGUAUCAGUUAUAGUAGCCCCUCCCACGGUGUCUGCCUGGCUGGAGUGGGAGGGCAGUAAGAGGGUGGCUGUGUGUUUGGCUAAAGGGGGGAAACCAGCUGCCUCCAUCUCCUGGAGGAGUACAUGGAACUCUACUUCAACUACCACACAGAACAAAGAUGACUCCUUCAGAGUGGAGAGUCGGAUGGUCCUGCCAGAGGUCAUCACUACGGACAACCUGACCUGUGAUGUCAGACAUCCCUCCUGGGUAGAGAUGCAUAACGUGACACUACAGAUCACCGAAGGGGACUUCAUACACUUGCAACAAGUCAUCAUCUCUAUGGUAACCAUCAGUGUCAUUAUGGCUACUCUGGCUGGUUUAUACUUCACACGAAAACACCUCUGCAGAAUUUGCCCCGCCAGACCAUCUGAGUCCAAGCCUUCUCAGGACUAUGUGGAGGAAGUAGAGCCCUAUGCCAGCUACGUGCAGCGUGUCAACUCCAUCUACAACUCCUCUGCAGACCUGUUCACAUAACACGCACACACGCAUACACACACCCACACACACACACACACACACACACACACACACACACACACACACACACACACACACACACACACACACACACAGAGAGAGAGAGAGAAAGAGUGAGAUACACACACCUCUGUACGCCACUCUGUACAAACUUGGAGGUUGAUGAAACUGAGAAAAGCCACAAUGAGCCAGUAAAUGAAACAGGUAGAUAACGGAGGACAUGACGCAGAGCUUCAGGUAGGAGAGGAAAACCUCACAGAUCACGCCUGCCUGUGGAGGCUGAUGGAAAAGGGAUUCCACCCAGCAGACGUCUGGCAGCACUGCAGACACAGCCCCCACUCUCCCUGCAUCUCGGCCGAACCACAGGCCUCUGUCUCAAUGAUGACCUGGAGAACUUGCCUCACAACUCCUAAACUUCCCUUACAGAUAUCUAUACAAUAAUGACAUCCUGGAGACGUGAGAAAAUGGCCAAAGAUUAGACAGUUCUACAGACAUUUCUACAACCAAAGAGACAAAUGGGUAGAUCAGAGAUGAUCUUUCCAGUUUCCUAAUUUGCACACUGAGAACUAUGACUGUGUGUAGUCUGUAUACCACAACUGCAUACCGCAGCUCUCAUAACACACACGUUUUGACUGUUCCCACACACCUGUGUCAUCUGCAACUCGUGGCAAGAGUGCAAUUUUGAGAUGUUUCAUCAAAAUCUCAAUUUAUGUUACACUGAUGUAUGAUUACAAUGUUUUUGUUGAGUUCAUAUUUAUGAUUAAGUUUAUUAUAUUUCUUUAUAAUAAAAACAGAUUAUUUACAUUUGAAACUUACAUCCUGAGCUGAUGGGAAAAGGAUGUGAAGCACACACCUCAUUCUCCUUGGUUUCAUUCAGGAGAGAAGAUGUUGAAUCUGAGAACUAAGUUUACAACUAAACUUUUUAAUUGAGUCAAUUGCUUUCAAUUUGGAAAAUGUGUAUGCUUGUUUGCAGAGUGCAAAUUAUACUGUGACAUUCGGGGGAGCCUCUAUUAAACAUUUUUCUGGGCCUAAUAGUAAAGACAUGUCAUUUAACGGUGUGUGGCAUGAACACAACCAGUCAUGAUGUUUUCAUCUGCUUGUCAAACAAAUCACUUCCAAAAGUAGGCUACCUGCGGCUGCUCACAUUCAUCCCCCAAAAUUCCAGCAUCCAAACAGUGCACUGUGCUCGCGCCAUUUGAUUAAUGGAAAGAGACAUCUGUGGCGCUGGUGGUAGCGCUAUAGUUCCAGGGAUAUGUCAGAAAUAUUCUUUGCUAUUUUCACAGCCAGUAUUAUGAGCGCAAUAGCUGGAGGUGGUGCAAAAGGGCUGGAUUUUGAUGAAUAAACAAGUUGCAGGUGUGA